AAAAAAACCCUAGACCACCUGAGAACCCAGAUCCCCCUCCUCUCACCUCUCACGCCACCCCGCCUCGUCCCCGCAUUUCGCCAACGAGAGGAGAGAGUGGCCAUGGCGUCAUCCGCUGCCGCCUCCUCCUCGGCUUCCGCGCUCGUCCGCCUCCCGGGGCCGGGCCACCUGCGCGCACUGCCACGAAGCGGGUGGCGAGACCACAGGCGGCCCCGUCGCGCGAUAGUGCGGUGCUCGUUCGCGCCGGUGGAGACGGCGCGGAUAAAGGUGGUGGGCGUCGGCGGCGGCGGCAACAACGCCGUCAACCGCAUGAUCGGCAGCGGCCUGCAGGGUAUUGAAUUUUAUGCUAUAAACACCGAUUCCCAAGCCCUUAUUAAUUCACAAGCGCAAUAUCCUCUGCAAAUUGGAGAGCAGUUGACUCGUGGACUAGGUACUGGUGGAAAUCCAAAUUUGGGAGAGCAGGCUGCUGAGGAAUCAAGAGAAGCCAUAGCCACUGCCCUGAGGGAUUCAGAUCUUGUCUUCAUAACAGCUGGGAUGGGAGGGGGUACUGGAUCUGGUGCUGCUCCAGUUGUUGCCCAGAUAUCAAAGGAAGCUGGUUAUCUUACUGUUGGUGUUGUCACCUAUCCAUUCAGUUUCGAGGGCCGUAAGCGCUCUCUACAGGCAUUGGAAGCAUUAGAGAAGCUGGAAAAGAGUGUAGACACACUUAUUGUGAUUCCAAACGAUAAAUUGUUAGAUGUUGCUGAUGAAAACAUGCCCUUGCAAGAUGCAUUUCUCCUUGCAGAUGACGUCCUACGUCAGGGUGUUCAAGGAAUAUCAGACAUUAUCACAAUACCUGGACUCGUCAAUGUUGAUUUUGCUGAUGUAAAAGCUGUCAUGAAAAACUCUGGAACUGCCAUGCUUGGUGUUGGUGUUUCUUCCAGCAAAAAUCGGGCCCAAGAAGCUGCUGAACAGGCAACACUUGCUCCUUUGAUAGGAUCAUCCAUUGAGGCAGCUACUGGUGUUGUGUACAAUAUUACUGGUGGGAAGGACAUCACUUUGCAAGAAGUGAACAAGGUGUCCCAGAUUGUGACAAGCCUGGCUGAUCCUUCUGCAAACAUAAUUUUUGGUGCCGUUGUUGAUGAUCGUUACACUGGUGAGAUACAUGUGACAAUCAUUGCGACAGGAUUUCCACAAUCCUUCCAGAAAUCCCUUUUGGCUGAUCCAAAGGGAGCACGAAUAGUGGAAUCCAAAGAGAAAGCAGCAACCCUCGCCCAUAAAGCAGCAGUUGCUGCGGUUCAACCGGUCCCUGCUUCUGCUUGGUCCCGAAGACUCUUCUCCUGAGCAGUACGUUUGGUGAACUGUGACCCGUAGGCCAUUAGUCUUAUCGUGUUGAGGGCAGUCCUGAAGGCGAUUUCCAGCUAUCUGGAGAUUUAUAGCUUCGACUAGCGUUGAUAGUGGUAGAUUCAGAUUUCAGUGUAUGUAUCUUUUGCUUUGUGUUUUUGAGGUUCCGCACUGCACUAGUUUUGCAGAAGAUCUUUGAUUACUUUUACUGCAACAAGCCAACAACCUUGUGUUGGAUUCUUGAACCGAAUGUGGAUUCCUCCAAGUGUUUCUUUUUUCCUCGAUUACUUGUCAGGGAAUUGGUCGUGCUGCAAUAGAAAAUCCGCCACACCUCGGAAUAGAUAAUCUUGGUUUAUUGGCC